CGUUGGCCAGCGAGAAGCUAUUCGGUGACUCACCGGCCGCCCUCUCGCGCUCUCCUUCCCCCUUCUCUCCCUCUCGCACUCACACACACCCGGCCCGAGAUGGCGGCGGCGGCGGGGGACUCGGACUCCUGGGACGCGGACACGUUCUCGGUGGAGGAGCCGGUGCGGAAGGCAGGGGGCGCGGCUGGCGGGGACCGCUGGGAGGGCGAGGAUGAAGAUGACGACGUCAAGGAAAACUGGGAUGAUGAUGAUGAAGAAAAAAAAGAGGAGACAGAGGUAAAACCAGAAACAAAAGUUUCAGAAAAGAAGAAAAUAGCAGAGAAAAUCAAAGAGAAAGAACGGCAACAGAAGAAAAGACAAGAAGAAAUUAAGAAAAGGUUGGAAGAGCCUGAAGAAUCUAAAGAGCUUACACCAGAAGAACAACUAGCAGAUAAACUACGGCUAAAGAAAUUACAGGAAGAGGCAGACCUUGAAUUAGCAAAAGAAACCUUUGGUGUUAAUAACACAAUCUGUGGUAUAGAUGCCAUGAACCCCUCUUCAAGAGAUGACUUCACAGAGUUUGGCAAGUUACUAAAAGAUAAAAUUACACAAUAUGAAAAAUCUCUAUAUUAUGCCAGUUUCUUGGAAGCAUUAGUUCGAGAUGUGUGUAUUUCAUUGGAAAUUGAUGACUUGAAAAAGAUCACCAAUUCAUUGACAGUGCUAUGCAGUGAAAAACAGAAACAAGAAAAGCAAAGCAAAGCCAAAAAGAAGAAGAAAGGUGUGGUUCCUGGAGGGGGAUUAAAGGCUACAAUGAAAGAUGAUCUUGCAGACUAUGGUGGCUAUGAUGGAGGAUAUGUGCAAGACUUUGAAGACUUCAUGUGACAUUUCAUCUUCUCCCCAUUGUCUUCUUCUGUUGCCCACAGUCCCUUGAACAUGUAGCACAACUUCCUUUCCUUUCAGUUCUGCCAAAUGCUACAAUCAAAAGUGCAGUAUCUUUGUGCUGGUUACUUAACCCCUUGACACUUAGGUGCUAAUGCAAUGGGGAACUUGGUUCUUGUUGCCAAGGGGUUAAAAUCGGGAAACUCAGUUGCUACUAAAUCACAGUAAAAGAAAUCCUAAUAAUGUUGUCAUUGUUGCUAUCUGGUUCCAGGGCAGCAGAGUCACUAAAUUGGAAACAAUAGUUGCAAUGUGACAAAAAAAAGUGUAGUAUUUACCAGCACCAUUCAAUAAUACAGCCUUAACCAUACCUCCUUGAACUACAUAUCUUGUCAACAAAAGCAGUUUGCAACAAGGGCAUGUGGGUGUGCACCUAGUAUUAAAAUUGCUUUGUCUUAAGGUAGAGCGUGAGGAUUUUAAAAAUACAUUGCAAAGAAGACUGCUUAUUUCAGAGUAAGGAUACCGUGCCUCAAAUGGCUACUAGUUCGACAUAAUUAAAUGACCAAAAACCACCAACCCUGAAGCCGCAGAGGUAAUGUCUCCAUUAUUGCAUUUGACAAAAUCCAACUUGUGGUAUUUCGAGUGUAUAAACAGUCUAGUUUAUAUUUACCGGAAUAUUUCUACUGAUGCAGCUCUUAAGAGGGGGGAAAUUCUUGACCUGUUUUAUUUGCCUGACUGAAAAUGUCUGAGAUACAAAACUUUCUUUGUUCUCCUAGGCUGAAACAACAACUUUCACAGGGUUUUGGCAUUUCCUUUCCUUUACAAACAUGCUUAGCAAACUGCAACAGUUACUACAGUUUGGUAAAUUGUUAUGUUAACAAUUAUGACAUCUGCAAUGUUUUAUAAAGCAACUAAUUUAAUAAAAUCACUAUUGUGAGGACUUCA